AUGGUUACCCGUAUUACACGACCUGAAUUCGAGGCGUUCGUCCACCCCCUUAUCAAGGAUAUCGUCGAGGCGACCGAUAAGUACAACCUGCCAGAGAAUGCGAAAAAAUGGUUCUUCAAUUCACUCAAUGCCAACAUCGUCGGCGGUAAAAUGAAUCGCGGCAUGUCCGUGCCAGACACUGGCAGCAUCCUACUCGGCCGACCCCUCACCGAAGAAGAAUUAAACCAUUUAUCUGUACUCGGCUGGCUUACAGAGCUCCUCCAAGCGUUUUUCCUCGUCAGCGAUGAUAUCAUGGACGGCUCAAUCACUCGUCGAGGACAGCCCUGCUGGUACCGACAGGAGGGAGUUGGUAUGAUUGCUAUUAACGACGCAUUCAUGCUGGAAAGUGCUAUCUAUGUCAUCCUGAAGAAAUACUUCCGAUCACACCCCGCCUACGCUGAUUUCAUCGACAUUUUCCACGAGACUAGCUGGCAGACCGAGCUCGGACAGUUGUGCGAUUUGAUCACCGCCCCCGAAGACAAUGUCGACUUGAACAAUUUCUCCAUGGAGAAAUACACCUUCAUCGUCAAAUACAAGACCGCAUACUACAGCUUCUACCUUCCAGUCGCCCUUGCUCUAUACUACCUACAAGUUGCCUCGCCCAAGAACUUGAAGCAAUGCGAAGAUAUUCUCAUUCCAUUGGGUGAAUACUUCCAGAUCCAGGAUGACUACCUCGAUGCCUUCGGAUCACCAGAGACCAUUGGUAAGAUUGGUACCGAUAUUCAAGACAACAAAUGCUCGUGGUUGGUCAACCAGGCCUUGACCAUGGUCACCCCUGAGCAGCGCAAACUCCUCGAUGAGGCCUAUGGUCGCAAGGACAGUGCUCUAGAGGCCAAGGUCAAGGCUCUCUACAACGACCUCAAACUUGAACAACACUACUUGAAGUUCGAGGAGGAGCGUGUUGGUCAAUUGCGCCAGCAGAUCAACUCUGUCGAUGAGUCGGAGGGUCUCAAGAAGGAGAUCUUCUCGGCCUUUUUGGACAAGAUCUACAAGCGCAGCAAAUAG